UAGUCGCUGCCCCGUGUUUGCAAACUUGGAUUUUCGUGUGGCGACUCCGCCAGGCGCCCUUUGUUGUGCCGACCGUCAAACUCGGCCUGAGGUCGACUAAACAGUGUUUCUUCUCAGUUACGGUUGACGCGCUGUGAAAUGUGUGUCGUGUGUUCAGACAACGUUGAUAACGUCGGCUACCAAAAUUCAUGGUGUAAGACGGAUAAUUGAAAUUCACGCCCGAGGGCAACGAAAAUUUUGAUCGCAUUCCGAGUGGACAGCACGUGCACCGUAGUAAAUACAAUUUCCUGUCUCUUCAAAUUGCUCGAGUUAUUGUACAUUCGCAUUGCGUGCCCAAGAAUAACUUCUUCAACUCGCCGAAUGUUGUAAUAUAUAUGAAAAUGAGGGUGAAGACAAUGCCACGACAGCGAAUAUAUCACGGGAACAAUAAUUUCGAAUCCGUAUCUGAAAUUAUCAUUAGAAAAUCAGAUAAAUCUUCGAAUAACGACGUGAAACCGCGAUUGAGGGGUGCUGAAAAGAUGUUCGAUGCAUCGAGCAAAGAGGAGAAUAAUAAUUCUAAAGAGAAACGAUCGGAUCAUUCCGAUGUAAACGAAGAGAAGAAGAAGGAAACGUUGAAUUGUACCGCGGAAGCAUUGGACAUGACGAUUAAACAUAAGGUUAACUCGUCGCAGGAAAAUUUAUCGAAUCGACGCUCGAUAGUUGGAGCACCGAGUUCUGAAUAUUCUGAUGUAUCCUCUAAGAAGGACCUAACGGAAACGAUCUACAGUGACAGCAAUAAUAAUGUAAAAUGCGACAAAUUGGUGUUAUCUCCAAUAGAAUCGAGAUGCUGCCCUUUAGCUGGCCCUUCGACCGUUGUACGUUCGCCGAGGUGCGAAGGGGAAUCAAAAUCCUCCGUCCAGGACGAUGACAUCCCAGCCGAAGCUGUUAAUCUGUGCAAGAAGGACCAUCAAGACGAAGACGUGUCGAAUCCCAGUGGAGAAGCCGAUGGGAAGCUAAAGGACACUUUCCUUUAUAAAAUCAUGACGGACCCGACGUUCCUGGAGAACAUACAGAAACACAAGCAGCCUAGAAAGUACUCGUGCCAGUUUUGCAAGCUGGAGUUCGUGAACGGUGAUGAGCUGGCUGAUCACAUGGACGUGAAGAAGGACGAGUCGAAUCAGGUAGUCUGCUGCGCCUGCAAGAAAACGUUCGCACAGAAACGUUACCUCAGGUAUCAUCAAAGAUGUCACUCGGAAAGGACCAAGUUCACCUGCGAUAUCUGCACUAAAAAGUAUACUAGGUUGGAUAAUUUGACUAGGCACAACGCAUUUCACGUGAACCCCGAUAAGUUCUCGUGCACUUACUGCGAGAAAACCUUUGCGAGAAAGGAUCUACUGAACAAGCACUUAAAGUGCCAUGAUAAUAAGUAUCGAUUUUUCUGCGAGUUGUGUCAGAAGUAUUUCAAAGGCCCUCUCACGUUGGACAAUCAUAAAAAGAUGUUUCAUUCAGUUUAAUAAUAAGUCUUUGAUAAUUAAUUCCUAUCCUGCCUCGAAAAUCUAAAACUAUUUGAUCGAGAAGGGAAGGAUAUAUACAAACUAUAUAGUAGGGUAAAAGAUAAAUUAAUGUAUUUAUUGAGCAUUUAAGAACCAGAAUUAUUUACGUCCAAAAAUCCUAUUUCAAGUGACGAGGAUUUAAUGUUGGAUUAAUUAUAUUAGGGAUACGGGAUACUUUUGAAACUUUGUCGGAAAGUAGAUCUCUGUACAAAACAUUUAAUUCUACUGUAAUUAACAGCUCAGUUGAAGAACUUUUAAAGUGAAUUCAUUUUUUAAAAUAGGAUCUUACACCAUUUGUUACUUUGAGAAUUCAGCUGUAGCUAUAACUUAAUAAUUAAACAGGUCUAAAACUUUUUAAAGUCUCAAUAUUAAUAUUAUAUAAGACUUCCUAUGUUUGUUCAAUGUUAUUUUCGGGUUUGCAAUAUAUUCUAGAACAAGUUUUUAAUUAUAAUUAAAAAAGAUAUAGAAUAAUUUCACCUAAGUAAAAGAAAAUUCAUUGCAAAUAUAAAACUUGUAUGUCAUUAAAUAGAUAUACUAUAUACCUAUUAGUUCAAAGUUAGAUGGAGGAGAGAAUAAAUUAUACCGCCCACUUGUAUCAUUAUAUUAAUUAAGAUUAAUAUAAAUUGCCCAAAAAUAAUAUUUAUGAAAUCUGAAACUAUUCAAACUAUACCAUAAAUUGAAUACUAAUACUAGGUUUUGAUUGAACAAUAGAAUAAACUGCACAGCAAAUGCCCGUAAACCUAGUUAAUCAGUUUCUUAUUCAUAUGAAAAAGAAUCAACUCGAAGAAUAUACUCAUCGCAAAUUCGCGAGUCAAUUAAUCACUUAAUUUUCUCAUAACGGUUACACCUUUUACGAAACGCUAAACAGCGACGAUGGUGUGAAUAAAAACUUUGCUGUUUCGAAAGCUGUGUACGAUAGUCUCACCAUAACACCAAAAGUAUUGAAUAGAAUCGCUUGAUAAUCAACCAAAAAGAAAAAGAAAAAGAAAAUCGAGUGUCUAUUCAAAAGGAGUUACUCUGUUCACGGCGCACACAGUGCAACGAAUACACGUACUUUUAAGAAAAAAAUAUCCUUUGCCAUUAUUCCACAUUUCUAAGAACAUCAAAUCA